CUAGUACUCUGAACUGUGAAUGAUUAACUUUAGUCAAAUUUUUUCUAGUCAACAUGGCGGGCUUCUCUCUUGAUGAUAUUGUAGGGAAGUAUUCGCUUCAGAACUCCCUUCAGCCAAUAUUUAGUCGCCUUCAGGAAGCUGAGCAAGCGUACAAGCCAGGUGAGCCAGGAAAUGAAGAUUGUCGAAUAGGUGUUCUAAGGCUGCUUUCUAUCCUACAUGGGCAAGAUGCAGCAUUCAAUCUUCGCUCCAAACAAGGUGGCCAAAGCGUGGCAUCCGAAUUGGCUGGUUUAUUUCGGCAUGUCGAAGGUAAUUUUAACUAUGAUAUCUACCAGCCACUUGUCCAACUCGUCCUUGAGAAAGCACCUGAUACAGAUAUCUGGAAAGCCGUCCUUGACCUCAUUGACGUCGUCACACAGGCCACGAGGAUUACGCCUCCACCGCGAAUUAACUUACCGGUCAUUCAGACACCGCGGUCACAUACCACCAGCAGUCUUGCCAAUUCGUCAGAGUACCGAAAAGACAUCGAUAAUGUGCUAAAGGGAGAACUUCUUAGAUUUCUCCAUGCGGAUAUCCCAGGAUUUUUUGAAGCAUUUUUCGGCGAGAUUGAGGGGCUUGGCUCGACCGCGCAGGCUGUUUUUGACAGAUGCAAAGCCGGAGAAGAGUCUUUAUACACUGAAGAAGGAGGUUGGACUGGUUGGCCGGAAAAUGCAGAGGAGAAGUGCGUGUUGGACUGGCUGGUGGAGACCAUGGGCACACUUGUGCAGUUCGCUGAGGAACAUGAUCCAACUCAAAACAUCGACCGUAGACCGCUUGCCCAGCCGUCUCGCCCUGUGGGCGGGUCUACUGCAAAGCGAAAACUUGAUAUCGCGUUUGUGGACGAUCCAAAUGCUACAGAAAACACCCGUUGCCACUGGUCGCAGAUCCUGGUCCCGGGAGAGUUGAAGAAUGACCAGAUGUAUGAUACCCCUUUGGGAGCGCGGGUUGAUCUGGGGAGAUAUGUCAGAGAGGUCUUGUCUGCUCAGGAUUCCCGCCGCUUUGUUCCCGGGUUCACCCUCUGCGGCCCAUUCCUCCGUGUUUGGCACUUUGACCGGUCCGGUGGGAUUGCAUCUGAGAAAUUCGAUAUCAACAAGGACGGCUGUCGGUUUAUUACGGUGAUGCUAGGGUUCCUUCGGAUGGACCAAAAGCAGCUAGGGUUCGAUCCCACUAUUGUCACGGUGGAUGGUACACGCUGCAUUGAGAUUGAGCGAAAUGGCGAGAAGGAGCUUCUUGUGAUUGAUGAGGUGAUUGGGCGGGCACACUGCAUCGCCGGCCGGGCCACUACCUGCUGGAAAGUCCACCACAAAGGAUCAUCGACACAGCUUGUGGUCAAGGACUCUUGGCAGUAUCCAGAGCGCGACGAAGAAGGGAAGUUUCUCAGCGAAGCGAUGGAGAAGGGUGUGAUCAACGUGGCUCGGUACUAUCACCACCAGACCAUCCGCAUCGACGGCCGGGAUGAUACUACCGAAACUGCGCGGAAGGGUCUUGGUGUCACAGCGGAUGAGGAACCGAGUAAGUCAGUGGUGAUAAGAGGCAAAUCCCGCAAGAAGAAACAGGCCACCGGAGAAAAACGGUCGUCCGACAGCCUCCAAGCUCCGCUACCCCCAAGCAAGCGCACGCGGUCGUCCUCUCCUACCAAGGCCACUGCGACAAUACAGUAUCGGGUGCACCGCCGUGUCGUUGUCCAGGAUUACGGCAAAUGUAUAUACAAGGCUACUUCAAGGGUUCUCCUACUUUCUGCAUUUGAUGGAUGUAUACGUGGGUAUCAGUCGUUGCAUGAGAGAGCUGGGAUGAUCCAAAGCGAUAUCUCGCUGGGGAACCUCAUGGUGAAUGAGGAAGAUGAUGAUUCUUCUCAAAAAGUCUUCUUGAUCGACCUUGAUCUUGCGGUAAAGGAACAGCGAGAGGGGUUCUCAGGGGCGCGUGGUAAGACCGGCACGAGGGCCUUCAUGGCCAUCGGCGUGCUCUAUGGCGAGAAGCACUCCUUCAUGCACGAUCUUGAGUCCUUUUUCUGGGUCCUCUUCUGGAUAUGCAUCCACUACGAGGGCCCGGGGAAGGGAAGAGUUGUUAAGCGGUUCGAAAAAUGGAACUAUAUGGACACAGAAGAUCUUGCUGCUGCCAAAAAGGGGGUAAUAGAUCAUGAAAAGGAUUUUCUCAGGACUAUCGAGGACAAUUUCACCCCAUUCUACAAGCCCUUAGCUCCGUGGGUCAACAGGCUACGACGGUGUGUUUUUCCUGGUGAUAAACGGUGGGAGAAAGAGUAUUCAAAGCUGUACUCCGACAUGCUUACUGUUCUUCGGGAUGGACAAGAGGACCCAGCCGUUAUAGACUAGGUUAGAAUAAUCAGAAGAGCUACAGCGGACUAUGAUCGACGUGCCUGCCCUGACGUGUGACAUUCGAUUCGUUCGAUCCAUGUGAUUUUCCUUUGUGGCUAUUCUUCAAG